UGGGAGCUGGGCCUGCGCAGCAGGAUCCACCUGGGUUACCACAAAAGGCUGUUCGAAAAUGCAUUAAAAUACCACUCAGGAGAGCCGGUCUCGGGUAUCCUGCUUCUCUAUUCCAGUUGUGCCCUUCACGUAAUAGAGUCUUGCAUUGGUACAAUACAUUUUAUCAUCCAAGAUUUAGCUUCUCUACAAAAUCAAGGACAAAAGCUGUUCCCAGACUGGUACGUUACAACAGUGACGCCCUCCGUGACAUAUCUGCAAGACACAACACAAGCGCAGUCCACGGAAGAGGUACUCACCGAGUGCCUUGUCCUCCUCUUCAAACUGGCAGCCUAUGUUCCAAAAACAUUUGAGGAUGACAGUGAUGACCUAAACAACGAUCUACAUACUCUUGCACCUGAGCUGAUAAUCCCAGCAGAGACCGUUAACUAUUUGUGUGACACUGAGGAAUUUUCAAGUCCGGAAGAAUUCCUGAAAAUGUAUUUAAAUCCUUUGCAACCUGCUAUGGAUUCAGAAACUGUGUGGCCUGCCCCAUCCCAUUUCCUGGCGUGACGUGGGCUGUAUCCAGCACGUCCUUUGCAGCCGGACACAUUCAUGUCCACACCUUAUGGAACAGAUGCACAUUCAUUUCCCCAGAUGCUGCUUAAGAAAAGAUGAAGCUGAGCUGCAACUGACUCAUUAGCCAACAAAAAGAGGGUAUAAGCAUAUAACUUCCCGUGUGGAAGUUUUGUUUUAAAUGUGUCACAGAAAGAGCAAUGUUAUUUGGAGACUUGAAUAAAUAU